UCCAAGAUGUUUAGUUCCAGACGAGACGAGCUAGAGAACAGAACAGCGAGAUCGCUGUGAGCGCUGGAUCGACUUCGGGGACACCUGUGACGAGGGUGGUAGCCCUCGACCACGAUAAGGGCGAGAAUGGCAGACUCUCCUACUCCAUCGUCGAGGGAAACGCUGGUGGAACAUUCAGCAUAGAGCCCUCCCUCGGAGUGAUCAGCUUAGCACGUCCGCUCCUCGACACCGAACCCUCGGAGUACCUGCUGUUAAUACGUGCCAUGGACCAUGCUAGCCAGGCCCGUGCCGCCUCCGUGCCGGUGAGGAUAGUGAUCACCUCCUCCCCGGACGCCCCGCCCUCUUGGCCGAGCGAGGCCACGGCCAAGGUAGUGGAGGUUAGCGAGUGGUUGACGGUCGGCUCGGCCGUGGCGAGGCUGACGGCUUCCUCGCCCUCCUCGCUCCACUACACGCUGACGGGCGGCAACGACGAGGCCGUGUUCAUGGUCAGCCCCGCGUCAGGAGUGGUCAGCCUGGCCUCUCCGUUGGACUACGAGGCGACGGCUUGGUACAACCUCACUAUCACCGCCACCAACUUGGCAGGGGUGGCCCGCAGCACCUGGCUCGGGGUGACGGUGCUGGAUGAGAACGACUGGUGGCCGGAAUGGGAUCGCCUGGUGUUCCAGGGCACAGUUCUCCAGACGGCCGCCAAGCACACGCCUGUCCUGGCCGCCCACGCCCACGACCUCCUCCCCCUCACCGUCACCGCCCGCGAUCGCGACCAGGGCUUCAACGGCCGCGUCACCUACAGUAUCGUCGAGAGGAAUGUCCUCAAGUUCUUCUCUGUCGACCAAUUUACAGGAGCCGUUUGGGUGUCGGGACGUCUGGAGGAAGUGGCUGGCACCACCGUGGAGUUCAGUGUGUGGGCUACCGACGGUGGUGACCCCCGGCGGGAGUGCAUCGCUCCUGCCCCUGUGAUCAUCACCAUCAGGAGCGUCAAGAGCCCGCCUUUGGCGUUCCCGCAGCCUUACUACAACGCCGGUCUCUACCUGCCCACCUUCCCCGGCGUCAGAGUCUUCUGUCUGGAGGACGAGAACGCGGAAAAACCAAAUGAAGAAACUGAUUGGUCCAGAGUUAAGUAUUCGGUGGUUGACGGCGACGAGACUAGAAGAUUCGAGUUCGACAGCAAGAGUAGAUGUCUGUUCGUCCGUGACCAGCUCAACUUGAAGCCUCACUACAACCUGACGCUCAAGGCCACGGACGGAACCACCACCUCGACGGCCACCGCUGAAGUCGUGGUCCAAGACGCCCCGCUCUCAACGCUGGUGUUCUCCGAAGACAAAUACUGGGCCAACGUGUUCGAAAACUCGACGAAGGAGAUCAACGUGGUGUCUCUAGGAGUGAAGGGCCUUCCGCUCAAUCACCAUGUCCUCUAUUCUAUCCUCAACCCCACCGACGGCUUCCAGAUCCGACCGACCGCCGGAGUCAUAAAGACCACGGGAAAGCCUUUUGAUCGCGAACUGGUAGACCACUACACCUUGGUUGUACAGGCCCGGGACGAGGAGGCGCCCGGGAAGCUGUCUCUGGUCCUCGUGCACGUAGCGGUGAUGGAUGUGAACGACAACGAACCGGUGUUCCUGAACCAGCCUUACUACGCCCUAGUCUCCACCAGCGCCCCCCGGGGCCACGUGGUCACCAAGGUACGAGCAAUAGACGCCGACGCAGGCGAGUUCGGCAGCGUCCGGUACGAAUUGGUGCGGGGCAGCGGGGAGCUCUUCUCCGUCAACAAGAAGACGGGAGAGAUCUCGUUGAAGCAGUCCCUCAUGGCCCCGGACAAGACCUACAGCCUCACCGUCGCCGCCUACGAUGGCGGGAAGCAGCCCCUGAGUUCCCAGGCUCACGUCUUGAUACGAGUGGUGGCGGCUGAGGGACCAAUGUUUACCAUGGCCCGGUAUGUGGGGGUGGUACCGGAAGACGCCCCGGAGGGCACUCCGGUAGCCAGGGUGGAGGCUGCCAGUCCCUCCGGGGAGCCCAUUAUGUACACCAUCGUCGCCGGCAACACUAAUGAGGAGUUUGCGCUCGACUAUUCCACAGGUGGCAAUGCUGUGGAGUCUGAGUGUGUGGUCCAGACCGCGGCCUCCCUGGACCACGAGACCGCCCGCCACUACAACCUGACGGUGCGGGCGCGCGACCCAGUCACCGGGGGCCACACGGACGCCCACGUCGCCGUCUCCGUCACCGACGUCAACGACAACCCGCCUCAGUUCGUCAGCAAUGUGUUCAGAGGCAGCGUCUCGGAGGCGGCCUCUCCCGGCCACGUCAUCGUUCAGGUGGCGGCGAGUGACGAGGACACGGCCGCAGGCGGGUCGGUGCAGUACUCCUGCGGCUCCGGCUGCGACCAGUUCGCCGUGCGGGGCGAGGACGGGGUGGUGACGCUGGCGACGCAGGUGGACGCAGAGACGCAGCGGCAACACGCCCUGACGGUGGUGGCGACGGACGGCGGUCUGCCUCGCCUCUCCUCCACCGCCACCGUCCUUAUUGACGUGGUGGACUUCAACGACAACCCGCCCGCUUGGCGCCACGACAGCUACUCCUGCAGGGUGUCGGCGGAGGCCCAGCCUGGCCAUGUGGUGACGGUCGUCUCUGCCCAGGAUCCGGACGCCGGCCAGAUGACGCCUCUUCUCUACGCCAUACACUCUGGGGACAGAGACGCCAUCUUCAAAAUGGACGCAGUUACGGGCCUGUUGACGGUGACGGCUCCCCACAAACUGGAGAAUGUGACCUCUUUGAACUUGAACAUGUCGGUGAGCGACGGUGUUCACGUCGUGUUCACCGCACUCCACGUGGCUGUCGUUCCCUCCAACCACCACGCCCCAAGGUUCCUGAAGGAGGUGUUCGAGGGCCGCGUGGACGAGAACGCUGCCCCUGGCCAGCUGGUCCUUACUGUCCACGCCCACGACCCCGACGCCGGCCCCUUCGGCGCCCUUCACUACCAUCUUCUCGACCAGACACCCGAGGCCGCCUUCAAGAUUGAUAAAGAAGGUAACAUUUACUCUGAGAGCCCGCUGGACCGCGAAGUUGCCAGCGCGCAUACCUUGCGGGUGUCGGUGACUGACGAGGGGGGACGCGCCAACUUCGCCGUGGUGCGCGUGUCUGUCCGCGACAAGAACGACAACGCGCCUCAAUUCACGCUGCCGGAGUACCAGGCCAACAUCAACACGGACGUCGCCCCGGGCACCACCAUACUGAAGGUGGAGGCUACCGACGCAGACGAAGGCGUGAACAGCGAGGUGCAGUACCAGAUGUACGAGGCCAACAGCUCGGAGGCGCUCACGAUGUUCAGGGUCGACCCGUCCUCUGGUCAGGUCACCCUAGCCGUCAGUGCCCUGGGGCGAGAGAACGAGGUGUACCAGUUCUUCAUUCGAGGGGAGGACGGUGGGUCGCCACGCCACCACAGCGACGUUCCCGUUACCAUCUUCCUUCUAGGGUCAGAGGACCGGCCCCCGCACUGUGGCAGGCAGUACUCCCAGUUCUUCCUCAGGGAAGACGCCCCUGUCGGUACUGUGAUAACGUCUCUGUGGCUGGACGGACCACAGAAGGUGCACUACACCAUCCUGGCAGACGAGGCCACAGACAGACCGCUGGAGGAGGCUGGCAGCUCGCGCGAGACCUCGGGACCCUUCGCCGUGACUUCGUCGGGUCUGGUGAUCGUCCGGCGAGCCUUGGACCACGAGCGGCGUCGGUCGCACAGGAUCACGGUCACCAACCAGACGCUGGCCACGCCCCCAGCCCUAGACUACAUGACCAUCUCGGUGGUGGUGAUGGAUGUGAACGACUGCGCGCCUCGCUUCUCCGAGGCGGCAUACGAAGCCGUCGUGUCGGAGAACAGUGAGGUGGGCGCCAUAAUUACCGUCCUCACAGCCACUGACGACGACGAAGGCACCAAUGGCCAGGUCCAAUACAGUCUUGGGCAGGAUGAGGGACUCGUUGUGAGAUCAACGUUCCGGAUUGACCCCCACACGGGGGCGCUAACUCUAGCGGCCUUGCUCGACCGGGAGUCGGUGGCCAGCUACUCCUUCACCGUGGUGGCCGCUGACGGAGGGCCAAACCCGCUCUCCACCUCGGCCAGGGUGACGGUGCUGGUGAUGGACUACAAUGACAACCCGCCCGUGUUCACCAGGGACACCUACGUCACCGCCGUACCUGAGGACACUGCGACGGGAACGGCAGUCGUGGAGCUGAGCACGGUAGACGCCGACGACACCCCGGCCGAAUUGGACUACUUCGUGACUGGCGGCGACUCGAAUGGCCACUUCCUCGUCCACACCUCCGGACAGGUGUACGUGGCAGCUGCCCUGGACCGGGAGACACAGGCGGAAUACACCCUCACUAUCACUGCCACCGACGGCAAGUUUACUGCCAACACCUCCGUCACUGUCACCAUCAUUGAUGUCAAUGACAACGGACCUGUGUGCAAGGAGCCCCUGUACAAACGCGAGGUGUCUGAGGGCGUGGCGCUGGGCACGCAUGUAGCGUCAGUGGUGGCCUGGGACGCCGACGAGGGCACGGCUGCCCGUAGCCGCUAUACCCUGAGUGGCGACGGUGCCCACCACUUCAACAUCGACCAGCUGAGUGGGCACGUCACCACCGCUGCCCAGCUGGACAGGGAGACCGUGGAUAGAUACGCCCUUGUGGUGGUGGUGGAAGACUGGGAGCACCCGGCAUGGCAGUGUGAGGUGCGGCUCGAGGUGCGACUCUCAGACACCAACGACAACCCCCCGACCUUCAGCCAGGCCGUCCUUACCACCACCGUCCCCGAGGACGCCCCCGUCAACACCGUCCUCCUCAAGAUCCACGCUACCGAUCCCGAUCUAGGUAUUAACCGGCGGGUGCGGUACGCCUUCGUGGACUCCGCUGACGGGCACUUCACCAUCGACGCCACGGAGGGCGUGGUGAGUCUGGCCCGCCCGCUGGACCGGGAGACGCGGGACGUCUACACCCUGACGGUGCGGGCCGUGGACCAGGGCGUCCCGCCACUCUCGGCAACCACUCAACUCACUGUCGUCGUCUCGGACGUGAACGACAACGCGCCGGAGUUCGUGCGGAAGCUGCACGAGACGACGGUGGCGGAGAACACGGCGGUGGGGACGGAGGUGGUGCGCGUGAUGGCCACCUCCAGGGACAUCGGCGUCAACGCUGACAUCACCUACACCCUCCACCACACCACCAGGGACACCUUCCUCCUCAUACACCCCAAGACCGGUGUGAUCAGCAUCGGGGCACCAGUGGACUUCGAGCGUAUUCAGCAGGUGGUGGCGACGGUGGUGGCUACUGACGGAGGGAUACCGCCCCUCUCCGCCACGGCCCUCGUCAAUCUGACCAUCACCGACGUCAAUGACAACGCUCCGGUGUUCACUCUGCCCUCCUACACCGCCACCGUCAGGGAGGACGCGUUGCAGGGCUCCAGCGUAAUACAGAUCUCGGCCAGUGACAUAGACGAGGGGGUCAACAGCCUCGUUCGCUACAGCAUUCAGGCCGGCAACGACGACCAUUGCUUCGGCAUCGACCACGACACCGGCAUCAUUACUGUCUUGAAGAAGCUGGACAGGGAGAAGGUUGGAAAGUACGUGUUGGCGGUGAUUGCGCGAGACCUUGGUACCCCCUCCAACGCUGCCACCACUCAGGUCGAACUCCUGGUCGGCGACGUCAACGACAACGCUCCGGUUUUCACUCGGCAGAACUACACGGUUGUCGUGCAGGAGAACCGGCCGGUUGGUCAUUCACUUCUGCGGCUGAUGGCUAACGACGCCGAUGCUGACCCCAACGGCGCGCCCUUCACCUGGGAGGUGGUUAACCAGGCCACCGACAACCGUGCCUUCACCCUCGACCAAGAUGGUUCCCUCAGACUUGCCACCAACAAGCUCAACCACCUGGUUCAGAAUGAGUAUGUGGUGGAGGUGAGAGUGUGGGAUAGUGGGUCGCCGCCCCUACACGCCAACACCCAAGUUACCGUCACGGUGGUGGAAGAGUCUCGUUACCCCCCUACUCUCUUCCCUCUCACCUCUACUAUCAUCAGCUAUCAAACUGCCUUCCCAGGGGGUAUCAUCGGUCGAGUUACCGCACUCGACCAGGACCCUUAUGAUACUCUUCAGUACUCUAUUGCGCCAUAUCCUCGAGAGAUCAGUUCCAUUAAAUAUUUUGACAUUGAUGGUCAAGAUGGCACGCUAGUGGCUCUGACUCCCCUUGACUCUGGAAAUUACAGUGUUAAUGUUAGUGUGUCUGACGGUAGGUACCACCGCACGGCUCAAGCUACGGUUUAUGUGUCAGUCAUUACCGAAGAAAUGGUCGAGAACUCUGUAAUUGUUCAAAUAGGGCCACUGUCUCCCGAUGAAUUUCUUUCAAGAUAUCACAAAGUUUUCUUGAGAGCAAUUGCAUCUGAAUUUUCUGUUAUGGAGGAUACAAUUACGGUUAUGAGUCUCCAGCCAUCGCUUAUGCAUUCUUAUUCAUUGGAAAAAAUUGAUUACAACACACAGCGUACGAAAAGAGAUAUUCAGAGAAGUUUAGACGUGCUUUUUGUUGUGAAGAAGCCUGAUAACUCCUUUUUCUCAAGAGAGCAAUUACUCGAACAGUUAAAAACUAAGAAAGUUCAGGUGCAAGAGAGACUUGGCUUGUCUUUGCUGGCAGUGAUGGAUUCCAUGUGUACGACCCAGACUGACUGUAGCGGGCACGGGGCGUGUGUUGAUGUGGUGGAGAUCAGUGAUGAUGUGUCUGUCCCUUUUAAUACUCAGCUCUCAAGUUUAGUUGCGCCGAGGUUCCACCAGAAAGCUGGAUGUCUUUGUGAUCAGGGAUAUGGUGGGGAUGAGUGUGAAACCCUCGUGAAUGCUUGCGGACACCGGCCUUGUGCAGAGUACGAAGAAUGUACUCCCACUGAUGCCAGCGCUCGUGGCUACACGUGUCAAUGCCCCUCAGGACGCGCUGGACCGUCAUGCCAAGUGGAUUUAACAAAGUGUCGUAGUCCUUCAUGCCAUUACCCGCUGAGGCCUUUGUCUUUCAGAGGUAAGAGUUAUGCUCAGUACAGUGUGGCUCGCCAAGCUGAAAGCAGCGCUCUUGUCCUUAGUGUCUUCCUCCGUACCAGGAACCCAGUGGGAACAAUUGUUUAUGCUGCUGGAGAAGUAGACUACAGUAUAUUGGAGGUAGUUGGUGGCCAUGUUCAAUACCGCUGGGACUGUGGAAGUGGCGAAGGUCUGGUGAGAGUGUCAACCAUCAGAGUGAACAAUGAUCAGUGGCAUUUUAUCAACCUUACCCGCGAGGGCACAAUCUCUACUCUGAGUGUCGAUGGUGAGGUAAGCUCAGGUGCAGCACCAGGAGCUAACGAUAUCCUAAACAUGGAUUCAGACUUUAUGUACUUGGGUGCCACAAUUGGCAUUGAGCAAACCUCUGGUAUGUCUUCCUAUUCCCAUAGCAGUCUUGGGUUCGUAGGUUGCCUUGACCAGGUUACCAUAGAUGGCAUAGAGCUUCCAGUGAGCAUUACGGGAUCUUCGUCAGGGGGUGCUGUGCUCAAACGUUUAGCUAAUGUAGAACUUCAGUGCCCUAAUGUACUCCCUCCUGCUGGUGUAUGUGGUUCCUACCCUUGUCUAAAUGGUGGAACGUGUGUCGAAAAUGAAAAAUCCUAUAAAUGCACUUGUCCUCCGCGUUUCACAGGUGUUCAAUGUCAAGUGGAUACGGCUCCCUGCUCUUCCUCGCCUUGCCUUAAUGCGGGUAAAUGCGUUGUUGUAGGCCACACAUACAACUGUCAGUGUCCAUCAAAACUGAGUGGAAAACGUUGCGAAUAUGGAGUGUUUUGUAACCCCAAUCCAUGUCAGAAUGGAGGCCGAUGUGAAGAAGGUGCUGAUGGGCCAAUAUGUAAGUGUCAACACUUCACAGGUGCGAUGUGCCAGUUAGAUAUAGAUGAAUGUACUCGCAAUCCUUGCCAGAGCGGAGGCACGUGUCUCAACUUCCACGGUGGGUUCAAGUGCAUAUGUGUGUCUAACGUUACCGGCGAGUACUGUACGGAGGCCAUCACGAGGCCACAGACACCUUCGUCCGCCCUCAACAUAACUCUGGAAGAACUAAUAUGUAUAUUGGCGGUGUUUCUGGGCUGCGUAGUGGCCAUGCUGCUCCUGGUGGCCUGGCAACGACGCCGCUGGAGACACAAGCGCCACCAGCAGAACAACCGCAUCAAGCUCACCGACCACCACGUCAAGAAUGAUCUCAAGGCCAAUGACGCGCCAAAGAGAAAUUCGAAAAUUUGCAACGUGGAGGCUGACCAGCAGGGUCCUCCGCUGCCACCACGCCCCGCCUCUUACACCCCCAGCGGCACCGACUCCGUCAUACUCAACACACUGAAGCAUCUGGCCGAUCUGUCCGCGGCGGGCCACGAGAGCCUGGAGCUGGAGACACUGUCCAGGUGCUCCCACGAGUUCCUCCACAGCCUUAACAAGCCUGUGGUGGUGCCGCCCAACCUUUCGCCACCGCCGCCCUCCAACAGUGAUUCGGACUCGCUCCACAAGCCUUGGGAUCACCACAACAACCUUAAUGACUCGUACUUCAUGCCCAUCAAGGAUGUAGGCUGUGAUCUGGUGACUAACCUGGGCGAGGUGCGUUCCUCUCCUCCCGGCCAGCACUCUCCCUUCACGGACGACUCCUUAGUGUGUGGGCUGAGGUCAACACCUCCAGUCGUGCCUCCGCUCCCACGGCCCUCGCUCCUCACUCGCCGGGGCAGGACCGACCGCUGUCACCCACUGGAGGUCGUCACUGUAGACCGCAUCCCGCCCGCUGACCGCUCCAGGUCCUUCCCUCGCGCGGCUGCGGGUCCUCUGGAUCAAGACCCAGGAGAUAAUGGAGGAUUUAAGGGUCCUGAUAAGGGAUACCCUCCGACACCGUCCAAGAAGAAAGGUUACCACUGGGACGACUACGAUAUGCGUGGCUCCCGGACUUUCGGUGGCGGUGAGGGGGCGGUUGCGGCUACGCCCGAUCUGUUGCUGGUGACCGAAGACGCUGCCGGAGAGCGUCCGUCAGCCGAAGACGGUAUCAUGGAGAGCUUGCCGCUUCUGUCGGGCACUGGUUAUGAUCCAAAGGCGGCUGUUAAUCCUGAAGAAGAAACAGCUGCUACCCCUCUUCUGUCCGUGGACGCCAGAGACGCCCAAGACCUUCCAGAUGACGACGACGACGAUGAUGACGACGACGAUGACGACCCUUGUAGCUUUGAAGAGAUUCUUCUUGCCAACAACAUCUCUCUUGGCUCCACUCCAGACCUCGAUCUUGACCACAAUUCCAAGUACAACAUUGUCUCGGAUAUUGAAGAUGAUUUUCCUGAACCAUUGACGAAGAUCUCGAACCUGCCUCCUGUCGAGGAGGACGUCGGUAAACUGGGUAGUCCUCGGAGUCGCCGUCCCUUCCACCGCACGGAUUAUAAUCGAGUAUCCGAUUUGUCGUUCCUUUCGGCGCUCGAGGAGGACGACGUGGACGACUCUCUCUCCGAACUCCAGGAUUCUGACUACGAUCCAACAGAGAAACCUUGUGACCAACAAACUGCCACUCUCAUUCAAACCUCACUUUCGGAGGUGUUUUUAUAGUCUUGUUAUACAAUCAUAUAUGAACUUCUGAGGACCGAGAAGCAGAUUUUAUAGUCGAAAAGUAGUCAAGAAUGAACAGUAUAUUGCCAGUGAAUCGGCCUUUUUAAUUUUUUGUGUGUUUAUUUCCUCUUGUUUGAAAGGUGUAAGAGCGAAGGACUCGAUCACAUUUGGUGUUAAAUGUCCCAUGGGGAUUCUUUACUUUAUAAACUGUGGUGCUGUGUUUGACCAAACCCUCGCCCGUGAACUGUCGCUGUCACUGAUCGAACAAAGUGUUAGUAUUAUACUCAGAGCUGGCGAUCACGCGCCAGGCCAGGAAUAAACUGCGAAUAACGAUAAUCAGUUUUGUAUAAGAGGCUAUUUCUCUCGCAGACUCCUCGGUGUCCUGCAGGUCACCGAAGGACUCCUCGGUCCUUCGAAGUUGGCGCUGAAGGGACUCCAGUUAAUCCCCCUCAGAACACGUCAAGGGAAGCCCCCCCUGCGCCGGUGCCUUGUGGUUCAGUGUCAGGUUGUAGACUGAUCCUAGAUGAAUUCCUGUUCUAUUUUCUGACUGGAUAUCAGCAUUUCUAAGACAUGAAUUUCAGAUUUACUACUUUGAUACACUGCUCGUGCAUUUAUUUAGUACGUAUUUGUAGACACAACUAACUGGUGAAUCUUUCAGCUUGACGAAAAGUUGAUUAUUUUUUGUUUGAAAAUAUAAUUUCAGUCAAAUGUAUAAUUAACUAUGAUAUGAAUCUUAUGCCAGUAUGUUGUCUUUUCUGAUGGUGUUUUGAUAUUUUUAAUUUUUAUUUAUAUUUAAAAUACCAACAUUUUCAUUAGAUUUUCGACAUUGUAAAGAUUAAUAUUUUUAAUACUAUGAAGAGAUUAAUUUCAAACCACCCACAUUGUAUUGUUAAAAAUGAUUCUAGUGCAUGUUCUAUUAAGUUUGGUCGACGUGGAUAACAAAGCUGCGUGAGGCAGACCUCCUGAAUUACGGAAAGCGACAAGCCACCGCCUAAUAUCUCUUGCUGUGUAAAGAAAUAGCUUAUAUAUUUAAAAUUACGCAAAAUGUGCAUUGGUUCCUCAGUGCUUAUCACAUACUUUCAGUCCUACCUAUUGGUAUUUCUCGACCGUUGGGUCUUACAUCGACCCUUAAAGUAUAUAUAUGUUAAUUAUGACGUUACAAGAGAAGUUUCCAUGUCUAGAACUUCAUGAACGGGUUGAUUAUUCAAAAAAAAAAAAGACAGGAUACUGAUGUGUGUGUGUCAUGGAGCCCAUGUCGUGCACAUAUCCCAUGUGUCAACGAUCCCAUGUAUUGCACACAUCCCAUGUGUCAUGGAUGCCAUGUAGCACGCACAUUAUGUAUCACGGUGCUGGCCUUGACACGUUUCAUUACUCUUUAUACUGCAUUUCCUCUGGACUAGUCAUUAUUGAUACAGAUUAGAAAAAGUGCCUAUACGUCAGAUCAUAAUUUCCAAAGGAUAAGCCAUGCACAAUGGGCCUGUAGGAUUAUUCAGCGGGAUAUAUAUAUAGUACAUAUAUAUAUAUACAUAUAUAUAUAUAUAUAUAUUUUUGCAUCUUUUGAAUAGUUAGGUGUCUCCCAUAUACAGUAUAAUCUGAAGUUUUAUUUGCCUUAAAUUAAUUAAUUUAAAAGUUUGAGAGAUUGUAUACAUAAGGUUAUUGGCCAGAUCACUCCUCCUAAAUCACCAAUGUGAAAUGCAUAAUUCUUACUGUGUCUUUCUCUCGGAAAGUGGCCAAGGUUCCCGUGGAUUAUCCUAACGUUAGUUCAGGUGGCUUUACAGUGUUUUGGAGACAUUAAUAAAUAACAUGAUAGCUUUUUUUUGUAUACUAAACAUUAGUACUAAAGAGUUUGUGUUGUAUCAUUUAUAUUCAUAUUCAAAGACAUUAGAAGGAUUGGCAAAAGUUAAAUAAUUGAGAAUGGUGUCAUAAAAAAAAAGAGUAUUUUUGUAAAAAGAACUUGUGUAAAUAAAGUUGUUGUCCCCAGA